CCAUUUUUCUCCAGGGACUGUGACAUUGCAGAUGUGCUGAGUUGGUAGGUUUACAGGCUGGCUGCUGGGCAGACGUCUGGGCUAAUUCACUCUGACUAGCAGGUAGUUACACGACAGCCGAACAGGCAGCUUAAGAAAAUCUGACACUCACUUUGAGAGGCAAAACAAAGUAGACGUCUUAAAGAAGCGGUUUAUACUCCAACAAGUUGCACCAACUGUUCAGGCAUGCAGCUGGUAGCCUGCUUAGCGGUGCUGGUGCUCUGUGUGGCAGAGGCUGUAGAGAAUUGUCCCGAUGUAUGUAAAUGCACCAAGCAAACCAGCCCUGAAAGGUCAGAGGUCAACUGCCACAAGAAGGGGAUGAGGAAGUUCCCCUCCAAACUGCCCCCGGAUUCCUGGAUUCUUAAAAUGGGUGAGAACAGAAUAGUAGACCUCCCGCCAAACAUUCUGAAACCCAUCCCCAAGAUCGAAAGCAUCAACUUGGAACGCAACGUCAUCAAAUCAAUACACCCCCAGGCCUUCUCUGGAGCCCGGAGGCUGAUGCUGCUCAACCUGUAUGGGAAUCAGAUCAACAAACUUCCUCUGAAGGGCUUCCAGGACCUGCUCAACCUCCGCUUCCUCAUGCUGGGCCAGAACCAGAUUUCCAGUGUCAAACCAGACAUGUUCACUGGCAUGAGGAACCUCUCAGACCUGGACCUCCCUCUCAACUCUCUGACUGCCCUUCCUUCCAACGCCUUCAAGCCUCUGAUCGCCCUCAAGGUCCUGGACCUGGCCCUCAACCGCAUCCAGAGAAUCUCCACAAAGGGCUUUGUGGGCUUGACGGAGUUGCUGUUCCUCAACCUGGACAACAACAGCCUAAAGAGUAUCCCGGCUGGGGCCUUCAAGCCUCUGGCCUCCCUGGAGAUGCUGGUGCUGGAUAACAACCUGCUGUCCACGCUGACCUCAGCCACUCUGGAGGGCUUGUCCAACCUGCAGGAGCUUUACCUCAGGAACAAUGAGCUAGAGAGGCUGCCCCAGGACCUGUUCAGACACACACCCAAGCUUUCCCAGCUGGCCCUCAGUGGGAACAGGCUGAAGACUGUGGAUGGAAGCAUGUUCACCCAGCUGUCUGGCCUGAAGGAGGUGUAUCUCCAUGACAACCCCUGGACGUGUGACUGCAACAUCAACAACCUGGUGCGCUGGAUGUCCCAGACCAAGGCCAACCUCUCCCCUUUGGAGUCCCUGAGGUGUGUUGCCCCAGCAGGUUACCGUGACAAAGCCCUCAAUAGCCUCAAAGACCAGAAUCUGCGCUGCCGGGCCUAGACUGAAGACACGCCAACCCUUACAACGUGCUGCCAAGACUGAAGCCAAACCAACCUUUACUCUACUCCAGCAUCCUGCAUUAGCAUCCUGUAGUCCUGCUACAGAGUUACCUGUUAUACAACACCUACUACUCAGUUAUGGUCGAACGACAGCACAGUUACCCAUUUCAUUUCUGUAUAACACCUAAACUCUUAGAAAAAAAGGUUCCAAAAGGGUUCUUUGUGAGGCAAAGGGUUCUACCUAGAACCUUUAAAAGCAUAUGAACUGUUUUUGGAAGAAAGGGUUCUUUGAUGAUUCUUUGGAAGGCAAGAAGAGUUAUACAUAGAAUCAUAUACUGUAUCAUAUAUCCCACCAUUCUCUAUUGCAGGGGGAUUUUCAGUAUUGUUUGUUUUAAUAUCUGUGUUUUUGCAUGUGCAUUGAUUGAUUGAUAUAUUUGAUGCUACACAUUUUUCGAAACAAAUCCAAUCUGUCCGUAGUUAUUUAUUUCACCCGUUACUGAGAUGGUUGUUCCAGUUUAGAUGAUUGAGGUGGUCUCAGUAUUCUAUCUUCCCUACCCUGACAGUCAGUCAUUUUAAAUGCUGGUUGAGGGUGAUAAAGAAUUGCACUUGUUGUUUAUCCUAACUCUGGCUGGAUUCCAAUAGGAAUAAAACAUCACUUUGCAAGCCAGCAUAAUGUGACUUGCAGGCCUGGUGUUGCCUGUAAACUAGGAGUUUCCUAACACAAUUGUGUUAGGGUAUAACUCUGAAAGAAAGGCUAUAUGAUAUUUGUAAUGUAUUGUCAUAAAUAAUACAAUUUUGAAGGCUAAUAUGGCUGGUGGGACCAUUUGUAGAGGGAUCUAGGAAUAACCUUCCAAAGAUAAAAGGAUUCUCUGUAGAACUCUUCAAAGAGGGUUCUAGGAAGAACCUUUAGAUGAUAAAGUGGUUAUUGGUAGAACUCUUCAUAGAGGGUUGUAGGCAGAACCUUUCAUAUAGGGUUCAAGGUAAAACCAAACAGGGGGUUCUAUGAAGAACCCUACAUAAAGGGCUAUACAGGGAGAACCCUCUCCAAAAAGAGUUCCCUUAUGGGGACAAACUGAAGAACCCUACAUGGUUCUACUUAGCACCAUUUUUUCAAAGAGUGUACUGCAACCAUCGUCCAACAACACUGUUACCUAUUACUGUGUAACACCCACACUAGCCAUGGCCCAGCCACAGAAUGACCUGUCAUUGUGCAACACCCACACUAGCCAUGGCCCAGCCACAGAAUGACCUGUCAUUCUGCAACACCCACACUAGCCAUGGCCCAGCUACAGAAUGACCUGUCAUUGUGCAACACCCACACUAGCCAUGGCCCAGCCACAGAAUGACUUGUCAUUGUGCCACACCCACACUAGCCAUGACAACUGACAACUGUACAGUUAGCUAUUACAUUCCAACCAUAAGCCAGAGAUAUUAUAACAGUAUCACAGAAAGAGAAAGAAGAGCAAAAAUGGAUAUUUAAUAGCUUGCCCUGAGCUUUCUGUAAUUGUGGUGUUCUACUUAAUAAUUAGCUCCUUUUGUAAUUAGCUCCUUCAUCUGUGCUCCUGUUUUAGUUUCUUAAUCUUGUGUAUUUUAUAUUAUCUGAAGUAAAUGUAUUUCUAGCUUUUCUUAACAGUAAUAUCCUAUGCUGAUAAACCUAUAACAUAAGCUUAUUUUCAUGACACAAUAUGUAUAUAAGGCAAUUAUAUUAUUCAACAGAUAUGCAAUCAUUUUAUGCUUAUUAGUGUAAUAUCUUUGACGAUUUGCCUAUGUUUCUGAGCUUGUCACUGUAGAUUGUAGUCAGUUGAUCUCCUAAUCUAAAUAUACAAUAUCUCAUUGUUUCCAUUGAGUGAAACAUAUGCUAUU